AUGGACAGCCCCGGGAACAGCAGCUCCGGAGCGGAGGAACCCCCGUGGGCCUCCCCGCUGCCCUGCGACGAGCGCCGCUGCUCGUCCUUCCCCCUGGGGGCCCUGGUUCCAGUCACCGCCGUGUGCCUGGGUCUGUUUGCCGUCGGGGUGAGCGGCAACGUGGUGACGGUGUUGCUGAUCUGGCGCUACCAGGACAUGCGGACCACGACCAACUUGUACCUGGGCAGCAUGGCCAUGUCCGACCUGCUCAUCCUGCUCGGGCUCCCCUUCGAUCUGUACCGCCUGUGGCGGUCGCGGCCCUGGGUGUUCGGACCUCUGCUCUGCCGCCUGUCGCUCUACCUGGGCGAAGGCUGCACCUACGCCACGCUGCUGCACAUGACGGCUCUCAGCGUCGAGCGCUACCUCGCCGUCUGCCGCCCGCUCCGCGCCCGCGUCCUGGUCACCCGGCGCCGAGUGCGCGCGCUCAUCGCCGCGCUCUGGGCCACCGCGCUGCUCUCCUCGGCGCCCUUCCUCUUCCUGGUGGGGGUCGAGCAGGACUCGAGCUUUGACUGGGUCCUGGGCCUUAACGGCACCCUGCAACUCACCCCGUCGCCCCUCUGGUCCUCGCCCGCGCCCCGGCUGCCCCCUCCGUCGGGGCCAGAGGCCGCCGAGGCUGCGGCGCUCUUCAGCCGCGAGUGCCGGCCGAGCCAGGCGCAGCUGGGGGCGCUGCGCGCCAUGCUGUGGGUCACCACCGCCUACUUCUUCCUGCCCUUCCUGUGCCUCAGCGUCCUCUACGGGCUCAUCGGGCGGGAGCUGUGGAGGAGCCCGGGGCCGCUGCAAGGUCCGGCUGCCUCCGGGAGGGAGAAGGGCCACAGGCAGACCGUCCGCGUGCUGUUGGUAGUGGUUCUGGCAUUUAUAGUUUGUUGGUUGCCUUUCCACGUUGGCAGAAUCAUAUACAUAAAUACAAAAGAUUCCCGGAUGAUGUACUUCUCUCAGUACUUUAACAUUGUUGCCUUGCAACUUUUCUAUCUGAGUGCCUCUAUCAACCCAAUUCUCUACAACCUGAUUUCAAAGAAGUACAGAGCAGCAGCCUGGAAACUUCUGGGGGCCAGACUGUCCAGACACAGGGGCCUCUGCAGCAGCAAGGACAUAGAUGAGGACCCUGGAGGAGACACAGCUGGCUGUACCGAGACCAGCUCUAAUGCAAAGACAUUGGCCAUCAGCGCGGCUAAGCCAGUCACCUCCUCUCACAGGCCUGGGACUUCAGAGAGCACAGAUCUGUAGGGAAAUAAGGACCAACAGGUGAAAGUAAUGUUGUUAAGCAAGGAAAGAGUGGUUGGCGUUUUGCAAGCUGGUCAGCAACUUUGUCAGCAAAAUUUUUUUUAAACUAAGAUGUGAAAUGUAACUUCCCCAUCCUUUCUAAGUUUUCCUUUUAUGUGCCUCCCUAGGGAUAUUCCUUUUAGCCUAAUGAAAUUCUACAUCACAAAAAGUACUCUGGGGAGGUUUUAGAAAUCUUCAUUCUCCUAGUGUUUGGAAAUAUGAUUGUUUUACAGUCGAUAAGUGAUAGAGAUGCUGACAUAAAAAUUGUCACUUCUGAGAUUAGGGGUGUAUUUUGUUUUAUAUUUUGAAUGUAAGUAGAAUGUUGCAUAUACAAAGAACCCUGAAUGAUGAGAAUUUUGAUUCAAGAAAUUAUGCAAUGCCUUUACAUAUGGCAGUAAAAAAAAUGGAAGGGAAAGGAAUUUUGGGGAGACUCCUGUGCUCAGGAGUCACACCUCUCUCCUAGCUCAGAGCGAAUCAUAAAAUUUAGGCACAAUAUAUCUUUCAGAAUUUCUUUGCAUAAACAACUGUGUUACAACGAAUUUCUUCACAAGCCCAUCCAAAGGGUGGUGCCACUGGCCAUGAGGUGCCAUUGGCCAUGAGGUAGCAACCUGGGCAGAGAGCUGCUGCAGGAAUUAGCUUCCUGACAAAGUGACACUAAUGACAUUGAUAAAGCACUUUAAUGUGACUUAUUCACCUCCACUGACAUCCCAGACAGAAACUGGUGAGUCCAUGUCUGAACUCCAGCUUCUCAGAUCCUUACCCACUCCCACCCACUCCAACUGAAAAUCACAAGUCAGUGAAUUUAGUCCAGGGAAAGAGAAAGGGUUGGCAGUUCUGACCAACAACUCUAUUUUGUUUUUUUUUAGUUUAAAACAUAAACCAAACUUAGUUUUUAGAGGGCUGCUGCUGCCUGGGCUAACUCCAAAGGGCUUCAUUCAAAACAUCCCUCUGUGUGAAUGGCACCCCCUUAAGGUGGGCACGAUAUAACUGACUCAGCUAAAAAUAUAAAUGUUGAAUACAUCAAUAUUGAGGGUCUACUCAACAUGCUAAUAAAGCCCCAUUCUUUUUCAUUUGCUUAACCAAAUGUAGCGGGGUCUCCAAGGUUCCUUGAAGCUUCCAAACCUCUCCCUGGCCCUGCCCUCAACUGGUACAG